AUGGAUUUUAGGCAAGCUCAAAGAAAUUUAGAGCUUAUUGAAGAAGUUGCUAAGAAUUCACAAGAUAGCGAUGAGCCCAUAAUAGAUGAAGAUGAUUUAAAAGAAGGUAAAGUUGAAGAAGAAGGGGAAGGCACACAAAUUCCAAGUAUGCCAUUUUCUGACGAUGAUGACAGUGAUAAUAAUAGUAAAGAUACUUUUAAGGAAACUCCCCUGGAGCUCGUUGAUAAGGAAGAAGCUAUAGAAGAUAAAGCACCUAAUGAUGACGAACCAGUGGUUUCAGUUGAAGAGAAGAUCGCUACGCAAGAACCAGAACCAGAAGAACAAAUAUUUAUGAAUACACAGAUACAGGGCCAGCUUGAUGACAUAGAACAAGAGGAUAAUCUGCGAUCGAAAUUAUCUAAUUUUAAGUAUGCAUCUGAAGAAAGUAGUUCUGUUCAAGUCAUCAAAAGGAGCAAUGAAAGGAAAUUGAAAUCAAAAAAAAUUACUAAACCAAAACUAACCAAAACCUCCAAAAGGACCAAGACCAAUUCAAAUCCUUCAACUCAGCAGACUUUAGAUGAGAUAAAGAUAUCAAGAUCAGAGAAUAUAUUAAAGCUGCUAUCAGGAAAACAUGGUAAAGUUAAAGAUAUGAUAAAUCAUCAAAGAAAUGUAGAGAAGAAGGUAAAAUUAGUAAAAAAUAAAAAUUCGAAUAUAAUCACAUAUGAUACUUAUAAUUCAGAAGAAUGGCUUCGUAUUAUGAAGUUGAUUUUAGAGAAAUUUCCAUCUGCCAAUGAUAUGGAAGUAAAACAAGUAUAUCACUAUAUUUAUGGUGAAGAACAGGAACAGGAGUAUGACAACUUAUGGGAAGCUUCUCAGAUACCUUUAGCUAGUAUGCGUGAAGAAGCUUAUAAUGAGGAUAAUCAAAUUGAUAGAAAGAUUCCAAAUAUUCCAAAUAGCACACAAACUAGAGUGGAGGUAAUGUCAUUAUCUCAAGUUAUGGAUGAUGUCAGUAUAAUCGAGGAAUCAAAAAAAACUACAAUUGAUUCAGAACGAGAAAUGCAUAUAUAUGAAGUUCCUGAUAGUACUGAUGAUGAGGAUUCGAGGAUUAUUCGAGUUAUAUCAGGAUCAGAUGAAGUAGCAAGUAUAGUAGCAGAAAGUGAAUUUAGUACUGAAACUGAGAGCACUAGUACUCAAUUUUUUACUGCAGAUGGUAAUAUGGUGGAUGGUGUGAUCGAUUUGACACAAGGCUCGUUCAAGGCUGUAACCAAAUUAUUCUCCCCUUUAAAAGUUGAUACUCUAUUAUCGAUAAAUAAAAAUAAAGAAAAAGUUCAAGUAGCAGUAACCAGAACAUCAACAAGAUUUAGUAAUUUGGGUUCUGGUCCAGUUGGAUUAGAGGAAACUCCAAGGCUCGCCCCUGAUGAAGCAGCAACACCUCCCACGGUAAUCUCGAGAUCACCGCAGUCUACAAGAACACCACAAGCGACACGAUUACCAAACCCUAAUAUUACAGUAAUGUACGAAGUUAAUAAAUGUGAACUUCAAUCGUCGAACAGUUAUCAAUCCAGGUCAUCAGAAGAUAUUAGAAUAGUUAAUCAAUAUGAUAUUGACGUAAGAGAUUCACAAGAUGAAUAUGACAGUGCAACCGAAAAGUGCUUAAUAGAAUUUGCAGUUACCAAUUCAGCAACUCCUUCUGUACAACCUGAAGAUGUGAUGAAUGUAAUAUCAUCACAAUCAGUCCAAAAACUACGACAAGACCUGAAAACUAUUGGUUUGAAGCCAGUUAGAACAAAGGCAAAAAUGAUAGAAGCCCUUAUGGCUGCAUCACAAGUAUUAGAUACAGAUAAUGUAGAUCAAGAACAAACUAGAGAAGCAUUGUACGAUCAAUUAACGUCAAUGAUUAAGCAAAUACCAGAAUUGGUGAGUAAAAUAUCAAGAUUUGAACCAAUUACUAUGGAAGAACUUGUACUUCAAUUGAUAGAGGUAAACCCAUUUGCUGACCACAUUGAUGAGUCAACAAUCAAAGAAUGGGCAGACAUACAAGGUAUUACAUUACGCAACAACUAG